AUGGAUGUCCACGGCGUCUCUGAUGCGGAAAGACUCAGGCUGCUCCUGGCCCAAAAGGAGAUUCUGCGCAAGGCUCAGUCUCGCAAAGGUCAGCGCCCCAAGUCAACCGAGUCUCGCGAACAGAUGAUCAGGCAGUUCAACUUCCGCCACAUGAUGCGGGCUGCCAAAAAGCUCGAAACCGGCCAAAUGCUCACUUCCUACCUACCUCCUGCAUAUCCACCUUCCAUUGCACCCUUGGCGGACCUGAAGAAAGUUCAUAUCAGCGACCUUCGUCUUGAGACUCAUCAUCGUGGCUCAUAUCUUCUUCUAAGAGCGGUCACCCCGAGCGAGAUCAUAACAGGAAUCCUGCUUCUUGCAGAGGAUGAGGCCGAUGAUGUGAUUAAGUUGCAGCUGUACAACCAGGAUAUAGACUCCAUGAAGCAUUGCCUCGCUGAGGGGAGUGUGGUCGUGAUCAAGGAGCCGUAUCUGAAGGCCACAGCGGACGGUGGUUUUGGGAUUCGCGUCGACCAUGUCUCGGACGCGAAGUUUCUGUCGGCACAUGACGACCUGAUUCCACUGGCCUGGAGAGACAAGGUCAUGGAAAUUGACAUUUCCGCCGAUGGCUGGAAACUCAAGGGCAAUGAGUGGUUCAACAAGGGGAACUAUCAUCUUGCGAAAGAUUGCUACUCCAGGGCUCUUGAGUCCUUUCCGUCUGCCAACGAGGCCAUUACAAUCAAGCUCAAUCGAGCUCUCUCCCACUUCCGUGCCCAUGAAGGUGAAGCCGCCCUCCGUGAUCUCGACGUACAGCCGGCGGAGCCCAGACUCCUCGAGAAGGCCCUUUACCGGAAGGCUCAGGCUCUCUACCAACUGGGACGGUUUCGAGAGUGCUGCGAGACUCACAAGACGCUGGCCGAAAGGUUCCCUGAGAAUGCCAACGCGAAGAGCGAGUUCAGCCGCGCGAUCGCCCGAUUGGCCGAACAGCAGAAAGGCAAGUACAACUUUAAGCGCAUGCAGCUGGAGGCAGAAAAGCAUGUUCCGCCGCAACUUGAUCAUGCCACAUUCAUCGGUCCCGUUAUUGUGAAGAUGACAAAGUCCCGUGGGCGAGGCCUCUUUACCACUGACGCCGUCAAGGCCGGCGACCUACUCCUGUGCGAGAAAGCCUUUGCCUAUGCAUUCUACGACGCAAAGAAUCCAAAACAAGAUCUUGCACUGCUUGUCAACACGGAGACAGACGUUAUAACCCUUGGUACCCAGGCGCAGCUAGUGGCCUUGAUUGCGCAGAAGGUUUACAAGAACCCGAACAUGGGCGAGGCCUUUACAAAUCUUCAUCAUGGAAAGUAUCAGGCAGUCUGUGUUUCGGAGGUCGACGGCUUGCCUAUUGUGGACACGUUUCUUCUGGAGCGCACAAUGUCCCUGAAUUGCUUCGGCUGCCCUCUAUCCUCGCGCGCGGACCAUCUCGAGGCGCUGCACAUAAAAGGAGCGACAGAUGAGAUCGACGAGGAGUUCCACUCGUGUGGUAUCUGGACUAUGGCAUCAUACAUCAACCAUUCCUGCGACAGCAAUGCUCGUCGUACCUUCAUCGGCGAUAUGAUGAUCAUCCGCGCAACUUGCGAUAUCCCUGCAGAUACAGAAGUCACGUUCUGGUAUCGGUCGCCACUGAAUGACUCUACAGACGGCCCCAGUUCAAUGGCGAAACCCAUGGCUAUGGAACAUUGGGGAUUCAAGUGCUCCUGCAUUAUCUGCACCGAUAUCGCCCAAACUGACAAGAAGGAGUUGAAGAAGAGAAAACGGAUCUUUGAGUCCCUGAUGAAGGCCUUUGGCUCUCACGCGCAACCCCUCGAUGCUGCUAGGAUUGAGUCCCUCAUCGCCGCCCUCGCAGAGACAUAUCCCCGCCCUGCAUCUGAAGUCCCUCCCAUCGCUGUCUGGAGUGCUGCCCUCUCCCUUGCAGCAGUCUACACCACGCGUGGCGACCCACGGAAGGCGAUCGAGUUCAACCUCAAGGGUCUGGCGUCAUUGGGCUACGUCAUUGAAGGCGUACAGAUCCCAGUCUCUAUUGGCAAGAGAGCCAAUCGAGUAAAGCUUGUUGUCAAGAAAUGGGGUCUGCUGCGGGACGAGCUUAUCGGAUGCUGGAUGAAUAUCGCGGCCGCGUACCGCACUCUAGCCCCCGAGUCAAAGCUUGCGGAUCAGGCGGAGGAGUAUGCGAGAAUAACGUAUCGGAUUUGUGUGGGUGAGGACGAAACUUUUGAUGAUACGUACAGUCGGUCCUCGAACAGGACGGAUGGCAUGCAUGUUCGCGCUUUGAGGAUUUGUUCUUAA